CGAACUCCAACGACAAUACUUUUAUAAAUAUCCUCCGAGUCCCUUCCUCUCCAACCCAUUGAACUCACUCCCUUUGGACUCUAGAAUUCCAGUUUCUCUGUGUCUCUGCGUGCGAUAUGCAAGACCCUUCCAGACCCAUCACGGGCUACCCGGCAGCCCCCAACGGUUUUCCUCCGCCCCAAUACGGCGCCGCAUACCCUUAUGUUGCCCCGCCACCGCAGCAGCAGCCCUACCGGUACCAGAACCAGUACCGACCGGCGUCCUCGCGCCCCUUUAUGCGCCGCUUCCUCUCCGCCAUGAUUAUCUCCUUCGUCGUCAUGGGCGUGGUCAUACUCGUGCUCUGGCUCGUUCUCCGCCCCCGCUUUCCGGUCUUCCGCGUCGAGUCCCUCUCGCUCUCCAAGUUCUCCACCGCGUCCAAUUCAUCCUCCUCCAUCACCGGCACCUGGAACGCCCGGUUCGCCGUCUACAACCCCAACAAGAAGAUGUCCAUCUCGUACGACGUCGUCGAGUCCGGGCUAUUCUACGGGUCGGAGUUAAUUUCCAAGACGCGACUCCCGCCGUUCAAGCAGGGGAAGCGGAACCAGACGGUUUUGAACGCGGCGUUCUCGGCGGUAGAUUCCUACGUGGAUAGGCGGGUCGUCAAUGGCAUCAACGGGGACAGGGCACGUGGCUCCGUCAGCUUCAAUGUGGAGGUUGAGGCUAGGGUUCAGUUCCGGGCCGGUGGGUGGAGGGUGAGGAGCCGGUGGCUCAGGGUCUGGUGCCAGAGUCUGGCGGUCGGGCUUUCGUCCAAUAGCAGUGGGUCGGGGAAUCUGAUUGGGGCACCAAGGGACUGCAGGGUUGCUCUGUGAGUAAAUUAGGUGUUUUUGGGUUAAUAAUCUCAUAUCCAAAGCAGGAUUUGUUUGAAAAUGAGGAAUUAGUGGUAGUUUUAACUGUACAUUGGAAUUAGUUUAUUUUCUUUCUCUUUUUUGAAUGAUUAGUUGGUUUGAUUAAUGGCUGUACAGUUAUUCUGCAAUUGUGUUUUGUGUUGGUUAAUGCUAGAAUUGCGUUGUGGAGUUACAUUCUUUA